AUGACCCCACAAAAUUCCUCCAAGGAGGAAACGCAAAUUAAGAAAUACAGCAUCGAUUUUGAUGCCUUCAAUGAGAGCAUAUUCGACGUGAGAAUUGAGCUCGGUGAGAGAGACCCAGGGGACGGCCCCGAAUUUGAAUGCACAUCAGAGGACACGGAGGGGGGCAGAGAGGAGGACAGAGAGGGUGCUCCUUACCAGGAUGACGAAGAUGACCAAACCGAGCGCAGGAGAGAUAACCUCAGAAGAAGCAACCAUACGGGGAACAGAGACUACCAUGAGAAAAAAGGGAACACACGCAAAUCAUCGAUGCACUUCUACAACAGCAGUGAGAACUCCUCGCACAGCUCCCUAGACGUAAACGAAAUUUUACAAACAAGGACCAACGAACGAGUGGAAAAAAAAAACAGAAACACGUACAUCCUGCAACACAAGGAGAGAAUUAGGGAAAAGAAAAAUGAAAAAAAAAACAGAAAAAAUAAUAGCAGUCAUAGUAGCAAUUUAAAGAAUAACUUUUUAAAGAUUAGCAAAACGACAAAGGACAAUGUGAAGAGGGCCAGCAUCGCCACUGUCAUGCUCGAAAAUCUGUCUAACCGGGACCCCAACAGCGACUUCGGAAGCGACGUUAGCAGUGGUAUCAGCGAAAAUAGUGAUCUGAGCGAAAAUCACUACAGAGAUGGCACAGACAAUUUGAAUUAA